CUUAUCUUUCCCAUCUCUGGUCCGGCCUCCACCGUACGCGUCGAGCUACACCCGCAGCUCUGCAGCCAUAUCAACAACGGCCACAAUCGACGACACACUCCCCAAACCAAGACCGCCACCCGACGCGCGUCCUGUGCAACUCGCAGGCAGGAGAUGUCUUCGGAUGUCGAGACUCCCAAACGGGAGCCGACGCCCUCUGGCUCCGUUUCCUCCAUCCCGCAAAAACGCGUGCUCGACGACACCCAUGGGCCCGCGGUGUCAUCGCCUCUGAAUCCAGAUAUUAGGCGGCUGGACUCCCAACCCCCUGAGGACGCUUCCCACCCGAACCGAACCAAGUCUUCUCGGGCGAAAAAAGACUCCUUAAAGAAACGCGAGGCCAAGGGCGGCCCGGACAGCCGCUCCGGCACCCCAGACCCCAGAGCUCCGCCCGAGCUCGCGACGGACGAGACGGGCCCUUUACGAUAUAAGCUCGCGCCGCCAAAGCCCUCCGACUUUGAGCCACCCCGGGGACCAAUUACGACGUCUCAUCAUGAGGUCACCACCCAGGCAGGCCAGAGUGUCGAGUUCUUCGAGACUUCAGAACACGUCUUCAACAAGAAAAACUUUCGCUACACGCACUGCAUUGCCGAUCCCCUGUUCCCGUCCACGAUUUAUUACCGCCAGACCGAAUCUGAGCCUUACGGUCCGCGCAUGAGCUACGAGGAUGCUGCGAGCCACGUGUUCUUUGACAAAUCCGCGCGGCAAGUCACCACUAACAAAGGCUUUCGAAUGGCGCGAGCCAAUGUGGCAGUCCGGGAAGGAUGUUGGUACUGGGAAUGUAAAAUCGUCAAAGGUGUGCGGGGGCCAAAGGAUGGCUCGAGCAAGCCCGAGGGUGGCCAGCACGUCCGCAUGGGUUGGGCAAGGCGCGAGGCUUCGCUCGACGCGCCCGUCGGUUUUGACGCCUACAGCUAUGGCAUCAGGGACGUUGCGGGUGAAAAGGUGCACAUGUCACGCCCCAAAGAAUUCUUUCCCGCUGGCGAAGGUAUCCGCGAAGGCGACGUCAUUGGGCUCGAGAUACAGCUGCCGUCCGAGUACCUGCACCGCAAGAUCAUGUCCGGAAACUACAACCCCGCGGUGGACUCGGCUGAUGAGGAGCCGCCAUCCACUGCUGAGGCCCCGAAUAUUGUACGCGACCGAGUACCUAUCCGGUUCAAGGCGCACACGUACUUUGAGAAGAUCGAGUACCACUCAACGAAGGAGCUUGAGGACCUGAUGAACCCAUCGCCUAUAGGCGCAGGCUCCUCAACCUCGCAAACCCCCAAUCCGCUUCAUGCGCAACCUGCCCUGCGCACACUGCCCCAAUCAUGCAUCAAGGUCUACAAGAACGGUACCCUAAUGGGCCAACCGUUUGCAAACCUCCUGGGCUUUCUUCCUCCCGCUUCCAAGCCUAUGCCACAAGUUGGGGCACGCGAGGGCCUCGAUGAUGGGAUGCUCGGCUACUACCCCGCCGUGAGCGUCUUUCGGGGCGGCGCGGCAGAGGUCAACUUUGGGCCCAACUUUUGGUACCCGCCGCCGGGCUACAAGCACGCGUCGGUUUCCACGGACGACGAUGUGGACAUGAUCCCGACGGAGCCACGGAUCAGGGCGCUGUCGGAGCGGUGGAGGGAGCAGAUUGCCGAGGACAUCGUGUACGACGUGGUCGACGAGGUAGACUUUUGGAUGCAAGAUGGUGGCGGCUCGACGGAUCAGAACGGCACGGCCCCACGCGAAGGCUCUUCAGCCAUGGGCCUCGGGCGCGAGGAAAUCAAGGAGUUGGUACAGGACGACUGAGCAUAGACGCCUGGGUUGACGGCGUGGUCACGAGGCUCGUAGGUUGAGAUACCCAUUGCGUUUGAAGGACACGUACCCAAGUUUACAAUAUGUAUGCCCGCGUGUCUGCGGAACGUUAAUCCAGCUCCGCCCACAUUGUAGCAUAUAAUAACGAUGCAAUCCAUGCCAAUCAUGC